UUUUUAAACCCCGGACGGAUGUCCUUCGCGUCCUUUUCCUACGCGAGGGAAUUGUCUCUCGGACUCUAUCCUCUUGGAGAUUUCUCCACCGAUGUUCGGAGAGUGCGGGCUCCGGCUGCCGUGCCUCGGCCGCGGGAGGCGGCGGGCGGCGGCAGGGAAGGAGCUGGAGCCGGUGCUGCUGGUGUCCGGCAUCGGGGGAUCGGUCCUGAACGCGAGGAACAAGAAGACCGGUCGGAAGAUCUGUGUCUGGGUCCGGAUUCUUCUGGCCAAUCUCGAAUUCAAGAAAUAUGUCUGGUCCAUGUAUAAUACGGAGACUGGAUAUGUAGAGUCGCUCGACCCGGAUUAUGAAAUUGUAGUUCCUGAAGAUGAUUAUGGCCUACAUGCAAUCGACAUUUUAGAUCCAUCAUGGUGGGCUAAAUGCUUGCAUCUGACUGACGUAUAUCAUUUUCAUGAUAUGAUUGAUAUGCUUGUUGAAUGUGGAUAUGAGAAAGGAACCACAUUGUUUGGCUUUGGUUACGACUUUCGUCAAAGCAAUAGAAUUGAUAAAACAUUGGAUGACCUGAGAGUAAAAUUGGAAAGUGCUUAUAAGGCUUCUGGAGGGAAAAAAGUGAAUAUAAUAUCCCAUUCUAUGGGUGGAUUGCUUCUUCGGUGCUUCAUAUCACUAUACAAUGAUGUGUUUGCAAAGUACGUAAACAAGUGGAUUUGUAUAGCGUGCCCCUUUCAAGGUGCUCCUGGGUGCAUCAAUGAUUCCCUUCUAACCGGACUGCAAUUUGUUUAUGGUUUUGAAAGCUUCUUCUUUGUUUCUAGAUGGACGAUGCAUCAACUGUUGAUUGAAUGCCCAUCUAUCUAUGAAAUGCUGCCAAACCCAGAAUUCAACUGGAAUCAGCAGCCUGUGAUUCAAGUCUGGAGAAAACCAUCUGAAGACAAUGAAGCAGUCAAAUUGGAUGUCUAUGAUCCAACAGAGUGCAUCUCUUUGUUUGAAGAAGCUCUAAGGGAUAAUGAGCUGACAUAUAAUGGGAAGUCUAUUGCUCUACCAUUCAAUUUUUCAAUCCUCAAAUGGGCUGCCGAUACUCGCCAAAUUCUUGACAAUGCUCAAUUACCAAGCAGUGUUGGCUUCUAUAACAUAUAUGGGACAUCAUUUGACAGUCCGCAUGAUGUCUGCUAUGGAUCGGAAACAUCACCUAUCACAAACUUGUCAGAAGUAUGCCACACCACGGUAUCUGACACAUCAUCUCCUUAUAAUUUAUGCUUCUUAACGUUGUUUCAAUCAUUGAUUUUAGAGAUAUCUGAAUUCUUGAUGGUUGGUUCUCAGCCUGAAUAUACUUACGUGGAUGGAGAUGGGACUGUUCCUGCUGAAUCAGCUAAGGCUGAUGGAUUUGCAGCAGUAGCAAGAGUUGCAGUUGAAAGUACCCAUAGAGAGUUGUUGAAAGACAAGAGAGUGUUUCAACUUUUGAAGCAAUGGUUGGGUGUGAACGACAACUCACAGCACUCUAUGUCAAGUUCCAAAGUGAUGGAUGUUUCUAUAGAGCCAAUUCCAAUUGAGUUGGCUACCAGGGAUCUCUUGUAGUAGUUGUGAAUGUUCCUUCGAAUCAAGUGAUGAUGUAACACAGAAAUCUGCAUGAAAGAAGUUAAAAAGCUGAGAUGCGCCUUCUUCAGGAUAUUUUUUGGUGCCUGAGUGGUGCCUGCAAGAAUGUCAACUUACAGACUACCGGGUGGUGAAAACCCAAGUUUUACAGAAGCUCUCACUAUGAAACUUUAUUUUCCACAUAUUGAUUGUGGUCAUUGGUCACAUUUGCCGUGCUGAAAUGUUCGUUAUGUAGUGUCCAUCGACAUUUCCUUUUGUUGGGCAGUACAACAUCCUAAUAAGCAUCUUUGUAAGGAUGAUGGCCAUUGUGCUGAGCGUAAUAAAUCUGGAGUUAAAACA